ACAACUGUCAUGGCUGCCAAUAAAUUACCUCCGCAUGUCUUAGAAGUAUUAUUUUCAUUUUUAGACAUAUCUGAGCUCCGUAAUUGUUCACUUGUGUGCAAGACAUGGUAUCGGUUUUUAAAUGACGAGAAUAACGAUGUUUGGAGGUUACACUGUGUGCGAAAAUUAGCGGAAGAGGCUUUAAGAUCGGACAUUUUAAGUAGUGUACCAACGUACAAGGCGAAAUUAAAGGCAUUAUUUCAUUCUUGGAAUCCAAAUGACUGUUCACGAAACAUUUAUGUAAAACCAGAUGGCUUUACAAUACAUAGGAACCCUGUUGCUCAAAGUACUGAUGGAGCGAGGGGCAAGAUUGGUUUUAAAUCGGGCAGACAUUGUUGGGAAGUGUGGUGGGAAGGUCCCCUUGGAACAGUUGCUAUGAUAGGCCUUGCAGCAAAGGGUACUCCCACACAGUGUCAGGGUUAUGUUCCAUUAGUUGGCUGUGAUGACCAGAGUUGGGGAUGGAAUUUAGUGGAUAACCAUUUGUUUCAUAAUGGUGAUAGUCAAGGCAACUAUCCCCAGUUGAACAAUGCUCCAAAAUACCAGGUAGGAGAAAAAAUAAAAGUUAUUUUAGACUGUGAAGAUAAAUCCUUAGCAUUUGAAAAAAAUUUUGAAUUUUUAGGUGUUGCAUUUAGAGGUUUACCAGACACACAUUUAUACCCAGCAGCCUCAGCGGUUUAUGGCAAUACAGAAGUUUCCAUGAUUUAUCUAGGACCACCAUUAGAUGGCUAAUGGCACGUUUUCAUUAGGCAGCAGAGAAAUAUUCCAUUUGUAUCAAGUCAAUUGUUUAUACCAAAUUGUAUAUUGUGUAUAAUAUCAUACUAUAUAUAAAACGUCAGUGUUUCUUUUUAAGAAAAAAUGAAUUCAUAGACUUAUUUCAUUUAUAGUAAUUGUGUAACAAACAUUAAUUUGAGUUUGAACUCUGGAACUGGAUGUUGCUUACUUAUUGUACAUGUAAUUUGAUUUUUGUGCAAGUUUAUGGUAAAGAAGAGUAUGAGUUGAAUAUGAUCUCCCUUCAUAGGUACAUAGAAGUAAAAUUUGUUUUAAUUAGGAUUUGUCAGGUUAUGUACUGAAGUCUGCCCUAUCUGAAUUGCAGAAUUUGGUCAUUGAAAUGCACAAUUCAGACUUGAAUUGAAUCAGAUGCACGGUUCAAAAAUUAUAAUAUCUUUCUUUUAAAUACUUUUUAUUUUGAUAUUUAAAAGAGAGAGAGAAAAAUGGGGUUUAACGUCUACUCGACAGUGGGAGGAAACCUGAGGACCCGGAGAAAUCCCACGAUGUUGGACAGGCGAUCCUACUCCUUGUCAAGUACAACUCGGGAAUCGAAACCACGGCAGUUGACUCAAUGACAGACCUUAUGAUACAGCGCGCAGAUGCUAACCAUUCGACCAUCCAUCCCCCCCCCCAAUAUUUAAAAAAUGGGGGGUAUAUGUCAUCACUUCUGUCUGUCCUCUGACUAUUUUCUUCACAGUAGGUGGAGGGGGGGGGGGGCGGUGGGUAUCUCUAGAUUUGUAACCAGUGGCGAGGGAAUUGGGUACAUGUAGCAUAUAACAAUACUCAAUUAUGUGUAGGUUUGACAGUGCUGACCUUAUAUUAUACAACUUUUGUGUCAUUUCUUAUUUAGUUAUGCAGAGAUUAUUUCUGUAUGAAAGUAAUUAAAGUUUUAUGUAUCGAAAUAUUUGAAAGUUAGAGCCCCAAGUCGACAUUAUUGCUGACAUAAGCAAAAUCAAAUCUUUCUGAAAACAAAUCAUAAGUAAUAUUUUCAAAAAAUACGCAGGGUUCCUAUAAAAUUGAUCUUAUCUUUUUUUACCGCCCCCAAAGUUCAGGGUGCUUUCUUUAAUGAUUUCGCAUGUCAUAGAUAACAGCAUAAUUUAAAAUAAUUAUUUUAUGCAAGAGCUAUGUCCGCCCAUUGCAGAUCUUUGUUUCGGCCUUAAAUGUUAUAUAAAUUAUUAAUUAGACAUUAGACACUCUCGAUGGCAUUAGAUGACUCCAAUAUGAAGAGAGUUAAAUCUGUUCUGUGUUAAUGCAGUUACCACAAGUGUAGCUAGUCAGGGGCAGGUCCCCCCCCCCCCCUUGAACAAAAAAGGUGACGAGCAUAGUUCUAAAAUACCUACUGCAGACCAUUCAAUUACAUUGCUGAUAAAUUUUAUUAUUAUUAUAACUAUUCAACGACAACAGUUAGACAAAGUUACACUUACAGUCACCAGUGACACAUUAAAUUACUUAUGUAUACUUCUGAUGUCUGUCUGCCCUAUACUAUUAAAAUGGGUUCGGCCGUCUGUCUGUCCCUCCGUCUGUCUGUCCGUCACACUUUUUGGGACACAAUAACUCUUUCUAAUUGAGCUAGAAUGUUCAAACUUAGUGUAGGUGUUUAUUAGGUCAAUGCCUUGAUGGAGUUCGAAGAUGAGCAUUUUUUGCUUAGGGUAAGCAGAGAUAAGCAAUUUGAUUGGUUGAUGCUUUGGGACACGAUAACUUUAGUUCUAAUUAAGUGAGAGUGAUGGAACUUGGUGUAUAGUUUCAUUAUAUCAUUACCUUGACUAAGUUCGAUAAUGGGCAUUUUCUACUCAGGGUAAGCAGAGCGAUAAGCAAUUUGAUUGGUCGAGACUUUGGAACACAAUAACUCUCCAUCUAAUUGAGCUAGAAUGUUCAAACUUGGUGUAGGUGUUUAUUAGGUGAAUGCCUGGAUGGAGUUCGAAGAUGAGCAUUUUCUGCUUAGAAUAAGCAGAGACAAGAAAUUUGAUUGGUUGAUGCUUUGGGACACGAUAACUUUAGUUCUAAUUAAGUGAGAUUGAUGAAAUUUGGUAUAUAGUUUUUUUUUACAUCAUUACCUGGACUAAGUUCGAUAAUAAGCAUUUUCUGCUUAGGGUAAGCAGAGCGAUAAGCAAUUUGAUUGGUCGAGACUUUGAAACACAACAACUCUUCUCUAGUUGAGGUAGAAUGUUCAAACUUGGUGUAGGCGUUCAUUAGGUGAAUGCCUUGAUGGAGUUUGAUGAUAAACAUUGUCUGCGGCAACCAGAGAUAAGCAAUCUGAUUGGUUGAUGCUUUAGGGCCAAUAAUUUUGGUUUUAAUUAAGUGAGAGUGAUGAAACUCUGAGUAUAGAUUCAUUAUAUCAUUACCUUGAUUAAGUUUGAUGAUGCGAAUUUUCUGCUUAGGCUAAGGAUCGAUAAGCAAUUUGAUUGGUCAAGACUUUGGAACUUAACAACUCUGCUUUUAAUUGAGGUAGAAUAUUGAAACUUGAUUUUGAUGUUCAUUAGGUGAAUGUCUUGACUGAGUUCAAUGAUUAACAUUUCGAGCUAAAGCUAAACAGAGCUAAGCAAUUUUAUUGGUCGAUGCUUUGGGGCCAGUUAACUUUAAAAAGUAGGACGUUAAACCUUUUUUUAUACGCACACAUGGAAGUGUUGUUGUAUUAUCAUGGACCGUGUAUAUUCGGUCCAUGGUAUCAUGCUGUUACCUCCUGUCCGUUCACCGUCCACAACUUCUUGUGAACACUCUACAGACUACAUUUAUUAUUAUAUCAGUUUCAAAUUUAUAUAUAUUGUUUACAUUAGUGAGCCAAGAAUCCUAUUUAAUCUCAAUGUAUGUUAAUUACUUGUAGAGUUAUGGACCUUGUUUUAGUUUAUUAAACCCAGUGAAUGCUCUAAUGACUUAAAUUAUCAUCCGAUCUUUAUUAAAUGCAUCAUUUAAAUUAAUAAAAUGGAGAAGCUUAUUGAAUUUCCGAUAACGUCUAGAGUUAUGGCCCUUGUUUCAUUUUUUGAACCUUUUUAACACUCUAUCGACAAAAGUUAUCAUCUGAUCUGUAUGAAAUUCAUAUCAAUUAUUUAGAUCAUUAAAUCAAAGAAGCUUAUUGAAUUUCAACAAUUUCCAUUAAUGACUUUGUUUAACCUUGUGAAUGCUCAAUCCAAAACAAAAAUUAUCAUCCAAUAUGUCUGAAAUUUAUAUGCAUUGCUUAGUUAACUAAGAUCAAUAAAACGAAGAAGCCAAUUGAAUUUCAACAAUUUCUGUUAAUUACUUCUAGAUUUAUGGCCCUUGUUUCACUUUGUCGAAAUUUGUGAACACUAU